UGCGCGUCCUCACGUCAGUACCGAUAUGGCAAGAGCUACCGCUACGUCCACUCUACUGAACAAAAUGUGCAGCAUGUUGCGCGUGGUGAGGUUGGCAUCCCUGGUGAUGGUGUGGCAAGUGUUGCCAGCGAAAGGCUUCAACCUGGACACGGAUUACUCGCUGGUCCUGCGCGGUGACAACGGCACAAACUUCGGCUACUCCGUCGCCAUGUGGCACCAGGCACCAGCCAAGUACCAACGGCUUGUGGUGGGGAGUCCUCUCUUCAGCAGUGGCAGCCAUGACAGGGCCAAGGGCGCCGUACACUACUGCCACCACCUGACCGGCAACUGCAGCAGUCACCUGACGUCUACUGAACACUUCAAAGGUCGUGACAUGGAUGUGCUCUUCACUGUUGACCGAGCGCUGCGAGCUGACAUCGGCUUCGGCGAGACACUCGCGACGGCGCCGGCAUCAGACCAGCUGCUGGCGUGCGCACCACGGUACCCAUUCUACCUGCACAUCGAGAACAGGUUUACGGGGAUCUUUGCGCGCGGCGCUUGCGUCAGCCUCGGACAAGAACGACCACAUCUCCUCAUACCCGUCACAGAGAGAACGGAUGAAGCGCGCCGCAUCAAUUUCAUCGGUCGCACUGCCGUCAGCCUUGCAGGCUUCAGCGCUGCUGCAACUCAGAGCGGAAAAUCUUACCUCGGAGGACCGCUGGCGUUCAACGGGCAGGGUGCAAUCUUCUGGGAGUCGUCAGGAGGCUUCUCGAAUUAUCCAGAAGAAAGCAAAGGCACUCAUUUAGACUACAAGAUGGAGUUCUGGGCGGUGAUCGUCGCCAAGAUGGACGGCACCAAAGAGUUCUUGGUCGCGUCUUCACCCAACAAAGACGACAUGAAUGGAGCUGUGAGUAUCUACUCCAUGGCUCAUCGUGAGUUGAGUCCGUGUCGCCCACGCAGCGGCGUGUCCCUCACAGGCGCCGAGUUCAGCGCCAUGUAUGGCUACGCUCUCGCCGCCGGGGACUGGGAUGGUGACGGUGUGGCUGACCUCGCUGUGGGUGCCCCGUAUACCAGCCGAGACACUUCAGCUGAUGCCGGGGCCGUGCAUAUCACGUACGGACCUUUGUCUGAUUCGGUGGGAAGGAGCGACGCCGUCUUGCGCUCUGCUGUGGAGGGCGCACACUUUGGCCUUUCCCUCCUCAACGCCGGGGACCUCGACACCGAUGGACAUGAAGACCUGGUGGUAGGAGCGCCUGAUGAUGGUCACGGCAAAGUCUUCAUCUUCAACGGCAGCCCCGACGGCCUGCGGACAGCAGCCUCACAAAUUUUGAGGGGCGAGAGCGCGCUGUCGACGCGAUCUCUCCAGCCCGCGCGCUUUGGCUUCAGCUUGUCGGGGCGUCAGGACCUCGACGGCAACGGCUGCCCGGACCUCCUGGUGGGGGCCGUGGCUGCCGAUGCGGCUCUCUACGUUAGGAGUGCGCCGGUACUGAAGAUUGUUGGCAGCCUGAAGAUCUCCCCCAGCGUGGUGCAGCUCAGCACCCAUGCCACCGCAAACAACACCUGCAAUCAAACUGUUUCCGGCAAAACGAAGUCCUACACUUGCUUUGAGCUGAGCGCUGCACUGCAGUAUAAUUCGUCUGUCUACAACAAGACCAUAGAAGUGUCGCUAAGCUUCGCGGUUGAUGAACGCUACCCCUUCCAACGAACGCUGUUCUGGGAAAACAACGGCAGAAGGUUGCAGAAGAAUGUAUCACUGGUGCACGUCUCCCAGCCUUCCACGUCCUUCACCAUUUUGGUAUAUAUUAAGGCUGACAGGCCGUCUCUGAAGGAGCUGGUGUGGGCGAGCGUGAACAUCUCGAUGACUCGGCCUCGAUUCCACGACACACGCACAGUUCCACCCUUGCUGGAGGACGCCCGACUGGAGGCCACUGCUCGGCUUGACUGCAAAGACCAGCAGGGUUGCUCUUCUAAGUCUGACCUCCAGCUCAUCGUUGAACACGAGCCUCUGAUCAUCGGAGGAGGACGACAGGGCCUAAACGUGACGGUGGCCGUGAAGGAGGCCACAGCGUACCAGAUUAUGCUGGAACUGAAGGUGCCAUCCAUGCUGAGCUUUACUCACGCCGUGGGUGCCACCAGCAUACCACACUGCAUCCAUACUGCACCCAGUGCUGAUAACUUUGCAGUGCUGCAGUGUAGCCUCGCUGCAUCUGCCAACCAGGACACGCAGUUAGCGUCGACGCUGUACUUCGACCACUCGCCGGUGGCGCUGCUGGGGGCCAUUGAUGCAGGGCUCGUUUCUGGUUCUUACCUGCCCAUCCACUUGAACGUGUCCAGCGACGUGCCGGACCUCAAGCCCAGCGACAACUACUUCUUCGUCAGGCUCAGUCAUGAGCAGCGGCGCGAGGUCAAACUCACUGGCUCGAGCCGGCCAGAGCAGGUGCGCGUGUUGGUGAACGAGACUCUGAGGGCUGAGCAGCUGUUGAACCCCACGACCUCCAGCGGCUCUCUGAGCGUCGAGAAGCUCGGCCCUCUGGUGGUGCACUCCUACACCAUCAGCAACCGCGGCCCUGCGCCCAUCCUGCAUGACCAGAUUAUCUUGGAGUGGCCGCGCAGCAUACCUGUUGGUCCGAACCUGACGCUCCCGCUGCUGUACAUCACCGAGGAGCCCAGCACCAAAGGCCCUGUAACUUGCCUGCCCGUGCACGCCAAUGAGCUCAACUUCAGCAACAUCCACCACAGCGAUGAAGAAAUUUUGAAUGACGCCUCCUUCUUUGGCGAAGGAGACUUAGAGAUCCAGGCCAACGUCUCGACAACUGUCAACGGUUCCUCGCAAGGUCCAUUCCAACGCAGAAAAAGAAGCAUGGCCCACGAAGACGAUGAAGCGACAGCCAGCGGCCGCAGCGCUAGAAUUGUUGUUCCCAGCAUCAGCUGCGCCUUGAUGGAGUGUUACGUCAUCAAUUGCUCGCUGACGGGCCUCCUGGCGGGGGAGGUGGCGCAGGUCUCGGUCAAGGGCCGCGUCGCGGUCGCCGCCCUGCAGAAGAAGCACCGCAACAUCCUGAUGUCAUCGCAAGCUGAGCUGCAGAGCACCGGCGAUGUUAUCGAGAUCCAGACCUCCGUCACGCUCAUCCCGCCCCCGGUGAGAACGAGCACAACUUGGACAUAA